AUCACUCUAGAGAUUUAAACUUAAUUUAAAAGCUUUGUCUUCAAUUAAUGAUACAGUGUCAGUACUGUAUCAAAAGAAGAUAACCCUAUGUACAGUAAAACUUUACUGUUAAUUACUGUUAACGCUGACUUACCGUACCUUUUCCCUUUCCCCGAAAAUGUUUGGAAAAAGGUAUAUAUUUUAGUUUUAUAUCAUUUGAUCGAAGUAACAAUUUACAAAACGGCUUAUAAACGUGACCAUGAUUUGAAACAAGUUUUUCAGGCUUGUUAUUACCCAUAUCUACAUUCUACAGCUUACUUGUUCAGGCUAGAGGGUAAUAAAAAGUAGGGAAUAAAUACAUACUUGCUUUUCUGAGUAGGAGUAGUUUUUCUAACAAAAAUCACAUUUUCGGACUAAACAAUGUAGGUCACCGUCAUUAUUUUCCCCAAAUUAUUUUUAGGUCUCGUAAGGUACUUGCUUUUAUCUAUAUUUGUAAUGAUUAAGUACGAUUUUUUCGGGAAUCACAGUGGAAAUGACUGAUUAAUGCUCAUAUUCAUGGUUUCACAGUCCACAUUACUUUUUGCACCAUUUGUUCAGAUUUUUGUUUAUUUUUGUUUUGAUAACUGACAUUGAAGGUUUGAGGGAGAGAGAGAGGGAAAUUUUGAUUUUUUGAGAGGGAAGUCAUCAUUAACUUAAAGGAAGUUCACCCCAACGGUGAGGCGACCCUAACCUAGGAGAAGAGGCUAUAGUUUGGACUUUGGAAGUUUACCUUGAAAGCAACCAUCAAUCGAUUUGUCAAUGAUCAUUCAUUUGUAUACAUAUUUCAAAUCAUACAACUUUAACGUACAAUUAUCCUGGGUAGCUAGCCUUUAUCUCCUUCUGAAUAAUCAUGAAGUAUCUGAUUGUUUUAGCCAUCUGCAUAUACAGCGCAAAUGCCACAAUCAAAUGUGUGCAAGGAGACGCUAAGGAAGCUACUGCCUGUGCAAGCGCUGACGACAAACUUUGUUCACAGCCAAAAUUCACUGAGUUCACCGGAUUGGCAACAGGAGUAAAGUAUGCAUGUGGAGCAUGUGCCGGUGAAACCAAGGAUUCGACUUGUGAAGAGUGCACUGGUACAGCUGAUGCUGGAUGCAACACACCUAAAACGGCCGGAGCAGACUUCAAAUGUUACACCUACACAUACAACGCCACAAGCAAAGCCUUUGCUAUGUCUACAGCUGCAUCUGCAUGUAAACGAUUGGAAAAAACAGCAAUUGCUUGCAAUAUGCCCAAGAGCGAUGCCACCAUGACAACCUAUACCCUCAAAACUGGAUGUGGAAACUGUACCACCAAAGAUACCGCCUGCGAAUCAUGUGCAAAGGAUAGUUGUAACAAAGCAAGUGGUGCCAUCAGAGUUGCUACUCUACUUGCUCCUAUCCUGGCAGUUCUUAUCAACUUCCUCUGAAUUCAGAAUUCGAUGCAAUUAGAUCUAUUAGAUUUUUAAAAUGAUAACUUUGCAUAGACAACAAAAAGUCUUGAUUGAUCAUUUUGUAACCCACUUAGUUACCGAUAAUUGCAUACAAUAAAGUUCUUUACAGUAUAUAAACGCAUGGGCCUAGAAAUUGUCAGUAACAUUAUCAUCUAUCAUGACGUCAUCACUGAAGUAAUUUAUAAGUUUUCAUCUCUGUUCAAUAAUAUUUUCAUUUUUAUCCAUAUCAAAAUAAGUUAAUUUUAAUGAGUUAUAGUUACGAUUUUUAUCAGAGAGGCCAUAUCUUUAAUAAACAAGCGUGCUAGAUCACUUCACAGUGCAGUGGAAGGUCGAUAUUUUCCCUUCCCCUGACAAGUCAUCGGUAAAAAACUGUUCCGAUUAUGCACGUGACAUGGUUACUGGGUGGCGCUCAGCCUGUCAUUCCGAAUCUUUAUUCGGUUUAUGAACAUAAUAGCCUGGGUAAGUGACAUGGCUAUAUUAUAAGGAAUUUGGUACAAUUUUUCGUUAGGCAGACGCUUGAGAUAUGAAUUGAGUUAGGGUUAAAGUCAGGGUUGAAGUAAAGGGUUAGGUCUUUAAAUGUGAGUGAAAUGGCCAACUCCAGGCUUUUUAAAAAAUCGUCAAAAAACGAGGUCCAAGAUUUUCAAAAUCGAAUAAAAAAUGUUAAAGGCCUAUCCCAAACGUUUGGCCCGACAAUCGUUUUAAAUAGUCCCUACUAGAACAUAUCCUGAAAUUUUCAAGGUGAUCGCUCAAAAAGUGUAGGAUGUAGGAUGUAGGAGAAGAUAGAUUUUUAACUCGAUUUUCAGGACCGCACGAUUGAAAAUCGCUCUGCAAAACAAUUACACAUAAGCGCUGACCUUAGACUGGACAUAAUUUUUCAUUUUGGCUAGGAACCAGGACCAAUAUUUUUCCAUGGAACCAAAAGCACUCGCCUAUUUCAGAAACGUGAAAAAAACAGAAGUUAUAUGUUUCCAAUGCCAAUAUACUUCGGCUGUUCCCAAAUCCUUUGAUCUAUGUGGAAACACCAUCUAUCUCACGAAAGCAGCAAAGUCAAUGAAACAAGAAAUUUCAAUGAAACAAGAAAUUUAAUUUAAGCACAUUUUACAGAAUAAAAAGAUGUAAAACAAUUCAUAAAAUAUAAUGCCCAUUUGGUGUAUGACUUUUUGUCCUUGACUGCUAGUUUGGUUUUGGAAGGACAGGUAACUAACGGGGCAAGGAAUGCGCGUGCCUGAAAGCUUUUGCACACACCGAAACGCUAGUUCAGUUAGGUUUUUAGAGACAAGGCUCAUUUUAGGACUAGAAGAAAUUUUUUAGUAAACAUUAGGGGUUCUGUUUAUAGUUGUUACUAUAGGUUGCAGUCUUGUUGUGACAAAAAGCCUACACUAAAACAUGCUUUAGUUUAUAUUGUGUAGUUCAAGGAUAUAAAAUGUAGCUUCAAGGUGGAUAUUAAAGAGCUGGCCAAAGAUUAUGGCCUUUGUAUCAAUGGUUAUAAUAAGCUAUAAAUAUCUUAAACUAUACAGCAAAUUAAAAAUUUCUUUAUACUUCAUUCUCAGAUUAGAUUUAG